AUCCAUGUCAUUUGAGAGCAGGGGAUUUAGAGACUUUGGGGAUUUAUGAGUUCAGAGAGAAGGAGGAGGAGGAGAGAGCAGAAGAGACAGAAAGGUCAGCAUCUUGCCUGCUGAAGUUAGUUACAUUAUAGUCAGAGCUGCGACACUAGCAGAGAAAACGGGAAGUUUUCUCAACAGGCUUUGAAUCCAUCAGUGGGAAAGGGUGGAAAAGAGGAAGACAGUCAAACAAACGAUCUCUGAGAAAUAAGCAGAACCUUCAGUCUUGCAGUAUCGAGGCAUCAUGACACAGCAGGUCAGCGGCUCACCGUCCCUCAAGCCCUUCUUCCUGAAGACGCCCGUCAGAGUGGUCAGCCCUCUGCGACAAAGACGACACACGCUCCCCGCCAGCGAGUUCAGGAACCUCACGCCACAGGACGCUAUCAGUGUGUUUGAGAUCGAGAGAGAAGCAUUUGUCUCUGUGUCUGGAGAGUGUCCACUUACCCUGGAUGAGGUGCUUAACUUCGUUAGUCAGUGCCCUGAGCUUUCGCUGGGUUGGUUUGAGGAGGGGCAGCUUGUAGCUUUCAUCAUCGGCUCUGGCUGGGACAAGGAGAGGCUUUCACAAGAGGCUAUGACUCAGCACGUCCCAGACACCCCCACUGUGCACAUCCACGUGCUGUCGGUGCACCGUCACUGUCGCCAGCAGGGCAAGGGCUCCAUCCUCUUGUGGCGCUACUUGCAGUACCUGCGCUGCAUGCCGGGCCUCCGCCGAGCUCUGCUGAUUUGCGAGGACUUCCUGGUGCCCUUCUACCUCAAGGCCGGCUUCAAAGAGAAAGGGCCGUCAGCCAUCUCCGUGUCCACCAUGCACUUCCUCGAGAUGGAGUACACGCUCGGUGGGCAGGCAUACGCAAGACGGAACAGCCGCUGGUAGUCCCUCAGAAAGCCCUAAGCUGCCCUUACUCUGCUUACUCACCUCUAAAAUGGACUCAGGGCAGAAAAAGAUUAAGAAAAAACAGCUGACAGACAGACAGAAGCACAGGGCCAGUAUUAACCAGUGGACUGGGUUCAGCAUACCAAUGUCAGCAGCUCACAGUAUCCCUGGACUCCCUGAACAAGGAGUAAAGGACUAUAUGUGCAGCCACAGGACAACAAGAGUGGAUUCACGUCCUCAUGCAAAGAAAUGAACCAGUGGCUUUGCAGAUGUAUAUCAGACAUCAAAUUAUAUUCCUUUUGUUACCAGUAGAAUAACAGCUUUGUAAUCUUAAAAUUAUUAUUUGUUUAAUUCACACUUCACGGUUUGUAAUCAAGGCAAUUAACAGAAAAUGUCAUAUAAAUGUAUUAAAUCUUGACUGACAUGAGUACUAAGUUCUAUUUUUGUAAACCACAUAAAUCAAAAAGUGAUGAAUUCAGUGUCAUUACUGUAAGAAAGUUUCAUUUGAGGACCUACAUACUGAUCUUGCAGCCACUUACAAUGCUUGAUUUGUCAAUUGAAAAAUCUGUAGCAUAAAUUUUCUGUUUCUAUGUUGCUUAAC